AUGAAAAGCUUGCGGGUUGAAUGCUUGACCAUUGAGACCUACUCAGAGCUGCCUAUUGUGCUCAAAGAUCUGGUGGAAGCCUGGCGCUGGAGUACUUGGGUGUCGUUGCUCACUUGCCCCAUGAAAUCCGCUGAGGCCAUGUAUGGCAAGAAGUGGGACGAAAUGCCCCCGGAGGUCGAGGAAUUUGUUGCGUCAAAUUCCAUCGAUCGGCAGGGGCUUAAUGAGGGAUAA